AUGGCCCGUUCCAAGCUACAUUCAGCUAUGGGAGGCAGCCUACACCGCUGGGUGCUUCUCAAAAACUCUAUAUUUCGACCACCUAGCGCCCCCUAUGAGCCCAGUGCGGCGACCAGUGUUUCCUAUUCAAAACAUGUUUACAUUUCAAGCGAUGCCGGGGAUAACGAAGACGACGACGAGGAAGAGGAGUUGGAUUCAUUCAUGUUCCCCGACGCUUCCAAACUUGUGGGGGUCGGAGCCAGUACAUCCGAAGCUGAGUGGCUCGACUCACUUCUAGAAUCCCUAGUCGAAGGUGGAGAUGACGCAUCGGAUGCCGACGUUCGCAUAUCCGUCCUAGCGGUUGAAGAUGAUGAAGAUCCCCCACUUAGCCCCUUAACGUCACCAAUGUCUUCGUCGGACGACCUACUCAGCCAUCAAGCAUACGUUGUGCCAUAUCCUGUACCAUAUCCGCCUUUCCAUCCACCACUUGUUCGUCCAUAUGAUCUUGGUCCCAUCAUCGAGUCUCCUAUUUCAUCAUUUCCAGCGUAUGACGCUCUACCCUACUAUGAUGCCGACGAGUUAGACGAUCUAUCUACGACGAGUCCGAUGCCCUUCUCCACGCCUUCCCUAGGGCGCUCUUCAGAACUUGACUUUGUGGAUCCGACGUCCCUGCCUCUUCCAGGGCAAAGGAGGAGGCGACGGUCACAGCCUCACGUGUACAUCCGGCACCCGGACUCUUAUUUUGAUCGUUAUGCGCUCGAUCCCCUUCCGUUUCCCGAUGAAGACCACUCCAUUUCGUAUAAUGCUGUCUAUCAUGAAUGUUAGUUUCGCCUUUUUUAACCUAGAAUAUGGUUUUCUGCCCUAUAGUAAGUAGUGUACAUAACCGUCACUUUGUUCAUGUAUGUUAGUUUCCAUUUUGGGAAUAUGGUUCUCGCUUCCGCCUCUUCAGGAGUGUUCAUCACGGGGAAUAACUUGAACCCUCCUUCUCACGACAUUACGCUACCGCUGUGGGAGGAACGGCGUUUUAGCACUGAUCACCUUAUUGCGACCUCUACUGACUGCGGAAUGGGGUGCUUCACGUGUUGGACCGAAAUGUUAUUGAACGCUGAAGAGAAGGUUUCUAAUGCGGGAAGAGAGUGGCACUCGAGGUGAGGAACUGUAUAUCGACCGUGAGAUUAACCUGGAUUCGUUGUUAUCAUGAUCAAUCUCACCUAAACGCAUCAAGUACGGAGAUUCGACUUCUAACUUUG